AUGUCCUUCUGGCGUGGCAACCAAACCCUGAAAGUUUCGGCCUCUCUCUUUGCCGACAACAGAAAGCGACUGGUCGAAGCGCUGAAAGGCAAAGUUCCUGACAAUACGGCCGUUCUUCUGCAAGGCGGAGAAGAAAAGACUCGCUACAAUACGGAUGCUGAAGAGUUGGCAUUCCGACAAGAAUCCUACUUUUUCUGGGCUUUUGGAGUUCACGAAAGCGAAUGCUACGGAUUGGUUGAUUUGAAGUCGGGCAAGAGUACUCUUUUCCCGCCGAAAUUGCAUCCGGAUUACGCGAUUUGGCAAGGAUGGUAAGGGUUUUGGAGUUUGAGUUUUGGUUUUUAGGUAUACAGUCAAACUUUUUUAGUAUGAUACAUGUAAUAACCGGAGUGUCACACUACAAAGGUACUUCUUAAUAGGGGUUAUGAAAGGCGGUUUAAAAAGCUUUCAAUAUAAGUCUUUAGUAAAGAAAGUACUUGCCAUUUUUUUUUGUAAAGAAAGUUCUUGUCGUUUUUUUGUAUCGUAAAGAAAGUUUUUUGCAAUUUUUGAGAUUGAAGAUUGAAUUUUUUAAAAUCAACGGGUAUACUAUCUCUGAUUUAAAAAAAAAUUUCAGUAUCAAGCCAGAAAACUGGUUUACGGAAAAGUACGAAGUCGACGAUGUGGUCUUCCAUGAAAACACUGUCAUCUCUGACUAUUUGAAGAAGAAUGGAAUCACCAACUUGUUAUUACUGGUAAGAAUUUUGGUUUGGCAUUUCUAGAACAGCUUUCUCUUAUCCUGGUCUAUCAUACUCUUUCCUACCUUAUUUGUUUACUCUACUCUACCCUUCUCUACCCAGUUCUAUCCUACUUUACCCUGUUUUACUCUACCCUACUCUCCAUUACCCUACUUUACCCCAUCCUUUCUUUACUCAAAUCUACCUUACCCACCUUAUCUUACUUAACUCUUCUUUUUACUUCCAGAAAGCCCCCAACACUGACAGUGGAAAAACCCUGGAACCAGCCAAAUUUGAAGGCAAAUCCGAUUUUAAAAUCGACGAAGAAACUUUGUAUCCGGUGAUUGCGGAACUUCGUGUAAUCAAAACUGAUAAAGAAAUUGAAGUUCUUCGCUACGCGGCCAAGAUUGCAUCGGAAGCCCACAAAGAAGUGAUGAGACACAUCAAACCGAACAUGUUCGAAUAUCAACUAGAGAGUUUGUUUAAACACAUAUCAUACUACACUGGCGGAUGUAGACAUAUCGCUUAUACUUGCAUUGCUGGAAGGUGUGGUUUUUUAAAGUUUUUCUAUUUUUUGGGGUAUCCGGUUUGAAAUGGCGUUUUUGAAGUGGAAGAAAAGUUUUUGCGGUUUUUGUUUCGUAAAGAAAGUUCUUUCUGUUUAUGUAAAAAAAUUUUAUUUGACAUUUAAUUUUUAAAAAUAUAUUUUAAAAUUGCCAUUUUAGUGGCUGCAACGGUGCUAUUUUGCAUUAUGGACACGCUGGAGCUCCGAACGAUCGUCACAUUCAAGACGGUGACAUGUGCUUGUUCGACAUGGGCCCGGAAUACAAUUGUUAUGGUAUGAAUUUUAACAUCUUAGGCUUCGUAAAGAAAGUUUUUGCUAUUUUUUUAUUUUGGAAAGAAAGUUUUUGUCAUUUUUUGUUUUGGAAAGGAAGGUUUUGUCAUUUUUUGUUUUGGAAAGAAAGUUAUUGCUAUUUUUUCAUUUUUCUUCUAUGUUUAACAAAAAAAUCUUAAUUUUCAGCCUCCGACGUGACCUGCUCCUUCCCAGCUAACGGCAAAUUCACGGACAAACAAAAAGUCAUCUACAACGCUGUAUGGGCAGCACGAUGCGCAGUCUUCGAGCAAGCCAAGCCCGGUGUUCGCUGGACUGAUAUGCAUAUUCUGGCUGAAAAGGUGACUCUAGAACACUUGGUAAAAGCCGGAAUUUUGACAGGAAACGUGGAAGAAAUGGUCGAAAAAAGAGUUGGAGCCGUCUUCCAACCUCACGGUCUUGGCCACUUUUUGGGCCUGGACGUUCACGAUUGUGGUGGAUAUCUGGGCGAUGCUUUGCCGAGGUCAACCAUGCCUGGAUUGAAGUCAUUGAGAACUACCAGGGUUUUGCAGGAAAGAAUGGUGGUUACUAUUGAGCCGGGAUGCUAUUUCAUUGAUACGGUAAGGUUUUUUUUGGCAUUUUUGUUUUGUAAAGAAAGUUCUUGCCAUUUUUGGUUUUGUAAAGAAAGUUCUUGUCAUUUUUUGUUUUGUAAACAAAGUUUUUGCUAUUUUUAGCUUUGUAAACACUAUUUUAAAAAUUUUCUGUUUUUUUGCAAAAAAAACUAUUUUACCGUAUUUCAGCUUCUGGACCGAGCCUUGGAAAACCCAGAAAUCAAACACUACUUCAAUGUUGAAAAGCUAAACGAAUAUCGUGGAUUUGGUGGAGUUCGAAUCGAAGAUGACGUUGUCAUUUGGUCUAAAGGAAACGAAUGCAUGAACCAAGUACCUCGUACCAUCGAAGAGAUUGAGCACUUCAUGGCUAAUAAGUAA